AGGGAGACCAAAUCCAUUCCUUCAUUCAUAGAUCAUAUAAAUAUAAAUAUAAAUAUAAAUAUAUAAUCUAACUGAAUAUGUGAAGCAAUUUCGGUUACUUGUGAAAACCAGCGAAAUUUCAAGAUAGAAAUCGAUUAUGAUGGUGAAAACCAGCGAAAUUUCAAUUCCUCUGGUGUUCAAUGAUGAAGAACAACAACAACAGAGGCCAUUCACAGCUACACUCACACUCAGCACCCUCGUCGCUGUUCUUGGUUCUUACGCUUUUGGUGCUGCUAUUGGAUAUUCAUCACCUACUCAAUCUGCAAUCAUGCCUGACCUCAAUCUCACCGUGGCACAGUUUUCAAUUUUUGGUUCAAUACUCACCAUUGGAGCUAUGAUUGGUGCCAUUGUCAGUGGUAAAGUAGCAGAUUAUGCAGGUCGUCGAGUCGCCAUGGGAUUCUCUCAGCUAUUCUGCAUCUUGGGAUGGCUUGUCAUAACAUUCUCAAAGGUUGCUUGGUGGCUUUACGUUGGAAGAUUGUUGGUAGGAUGUGGGAUUGGCCUGCUAUCUUAUGUGGUUCCAGUUUAUGUAGCAGAAAUAACACCAAAGAACCUUAGAGGGGGAUUCACCACAAUGCAUCAAUUAAUGAUUUGUUGUGGGAUGUCGCUAACUUAUCUUAUUGGAGCAUUUGUGAAUUGGAGGAUUUUGGCUCUAAUAGGGGCCAUUCCAUGCUUUGCACAGCUUCUGAGUCUUCCCUUCAUCCCUGAUUCUCCUAGGUGGCUGGCAAAGGUUGGACACUUGAAAGAGAGUGAUUCUGCUUUACAGCGUCUUAGGGGCAAGAAUGCUGACGUUCAUCAAGAGGCCGCUGAGAUUAGAGAUUAUACAGAAACCCUUCAGCGGCAAACAGAAGCUAGCAUUAUUGGCUUAUUUCAAUGGAAGUAUAUGACGUCGCUUACUAUAGGAGUCGGCUUGAUGAUACUGCAACAGUUUGGGGGGAUUAAUGGCAUUGUCUUUUAUGCAAAUUCUAUAUUUGUCUCUGCUGGCUUUUCAGAGAGUAUUGGAACAAUAGCAAUGGUUGCUGUUAAGAUCCCAGUGACAGUUUUAGGAGUACUUUUAAUGGAUAAAUCUGGAAGACGACCACUUUUAUUGUUGUCUGCAGCGGGAACUUGCUUAGGAUGCUUCCUCGCAGCCUUAGCCUUCCUUUUGCAGGGCUUACAUGAAUGGAAGGGAGUCAGUCCUAUUCUGGCGCUAGUUGGUGUACUGGUAUACGUAGGAUCUUACUCGCUAGGAAUGGGAGCAAUUCCCUGGGUUAUAAUGUCUGAGAUAUUUCCCAUUAACGUGAAGGGUUCUGCUGGAAGCCUAGUAACCUUUUUUAACUGGUUGUGUUCUUGGAUUGUAUCCUAUGCUUUUAACUUUCUCAUGAGUUGGAGUUCAACAGGUACUUUCUUCAUUUUUUCUAGCAUAUGUGGCUUCACUGUUCUAUUCGUAGCAAAACUAGUACCAGAGACCAAGGGGCGAACACUAGAAGAAAUUCAAGCUUCUCUGAGUUCACAUUCAACAAAAAGAUUAAUUUGAUUUCAUUAUCAUUAUUGUAACUCUAAUAUAUAGAAAUUAAUAUUGUUGUAAUUCUAAAUAUUUUCCAGAAAUUUUUUAUUGUGUACACUUUUAAGGGCUUCUUUAAUUUGUCAAACA